CCCGCUCCGUCACUGCGCGGCGCCGCGGCCCGGCCGGGGUCCGCCAUGGCCUCGGGGGGCGCCGCCGCCCGCGCCGCCGAGGAGCCGCCGCCGCCCGAGCCGCCCGCCGAGCAGAAGCCGCCGCCGCCGCCGCCCGCGCAGGAGGAGUUCUCCUUCCUGCCGCUCGUCCACGACAUCAUCAAAUGCAUGGACAAGGACAGCCAGGAUGUUCACCAGGUGCUGAAUGAGCUCAAGAACAAGUUCCAGGAGAUGAGGAAGCUGAUCAGCUCCAUGCCUGGCAUCGGUGUGAGCCCAGAGCAGCAGCAGCAGCAGCUGCAGAACCUGCGGGAGCAGGUCCGGACCAAAAAUGAACUGCUGCAGAAGUACAAGAGCCUUUGCAUGUUUGAAAUUCCCAAAGAAUAGGAAGGGCACAGCUCUGCUCUCCGGGUCUGAGAUACCUCCUAUCUUGGCUGAACAGGAGAGAAAGAGGUGGAAGAAGUUUGCUUUUCUUUCUUGUAUGCUUUUUCGGUCAUGUUGCUCUGAAGUUGUGUCUGAGUGGAUCACAGGCACGUCACGCUGAACCAGAACACUGUGUGCUUCACAUAUGGUGAUUACAGCAGUAUGUUCACUUUGAUCUGCUGCAGGACUGUGCAUUUAUAUAUGCAUCUGUUUCCUCUCGGGGUGGGGUUAUUUUUUGUACAUGCAAGCAGGAGACAUUAUGUUUUCUCCUUGCUAAGGGUCAAAGUACCUGGUGGUUAACUUCAACAAGAAAAAAGGGGGCAUUUUCUGCAUUUUUUCCCCUUAAAAGUGGACAAAUAUAAAGAGAGCAUAAGACAGAAGCGUGAGCUCUUUGGCCCUGCUCCUGGAAAGGGUCUCUGGGACACUUUCCAGUCUCUGUGUGUUGAAAGAGGAAUGAUUGCUUUCAAUUACUUCUGUAUUUCUCUCCCUGUUUUUUUAAACAAGUGAUGAUUGUGUCUGGGAUGAGCCAAGUAAAGAUUUAGAAAUCCCAGACUGCCCCUCUUGUGUAUUCACUGAGUGGAUGUGGGCUGAGCAGGGGCAGGAUUUUGGCAGCACAGAGGAUGUGCAUAGCCUGGGCACAGCUCCUGUGUCUUUACAUCACUUUUUUGGAAGCAGGGACUGCCAAGGAAGUGGAUUUUGGUAGGCUUUGGGUGUGUAAGUCUCCUUGGGUGAGUGUGUCUUGUAGGCAAUACGUUGUGUAUCUUGUUAAAACACAGGAGGGCAAGCAGAAUCAAAACAAAGGGCUUAAAUGAUAAGAGCUUUCAGUUAUUCCAUAUGAGAAAGCAGUCGAGCUCAACACGAUGGGUCAGUUGCACAUCCAGAGUGCCCCAGGGGCUUCCCACAAGCACAAGCAUUUGCGUGGCUUGAACGUUUGCCAGUGGCUGAUGGAAAGCUCUUGAAUGUUGUAUCACACUCAGAUGGAUCCCGGGGCUCCCUGCCUGCUGUCCUUCUGCUGAUAGCUCUUACGGUGACAGAUGACAACCUGGUAAGCAGCGCUGCAUCUCACUGACUAACGAAGGUGUGACAGGACCUUGAGUCUCAUGGUUCUCUCAAUUAUCUUGAAAGAGGGUGCAGGUCGGUAGCAGAAGAGGUGAAAAACCAGCUAGUGAAAUAGAGUGUCUGUUGAGAACCAGCACCAGAGGGUGCCUUCAAAAGAAGAGAAGUGAGGUCUGGGUUGGGUUUUCCUUUCCUAAACCAAAAGGCAAGUAAUUCUGCUUGUUGAUAGCGGGGAUGGUUGUGACUCACCUGUAGCCUAAGGAUUGCUCUGUCCCGCUGGAAUACUUUACUAGUACUUUCUUUGGGAAGGUGCCAGUGUGUAAACACUGAGAAAAGCAGAACACCAAGAUAAACAAAGCACAAUGUACACUCUUUUUAUUACUGAAAUUACCUUUCUGCCAGGCAUUGCCUGUCCCAGCUCAAUAAAUUCUUGUGUCUCAUGCCUGGA